AUGUCUACACACGCAUCACUCAGCGCAGCUGCCGACGAGCGCAAGGCCCGUCUAGCCAAACUCAAGUCUCUUAAACGCAAACAGCCAGAACCCGAUGAAAACAACUUCGAGUCGGAGCCGAAAACAUCAACAUCAAGCGAACACCACCAACCGUCAUCCACAACAACAACACGGCGCUCGGGAAGUCCACCGGAAAAGGAUGUCGCGCAACUGCACUUGUCGGGCCGCAAUUAUGACCCGGUGACACGAGGGCCCAAGCUGGGGUUCGAGAAUGCACCUACAAAGAGCAUGGACCAACCAACCUUGGAGGAGCAGGCAGCCGAUGUUGAGGCUGAAAUUCGGCAGCAGGCUAAAGAAGACGAGGCUCACGACAAGGGCAUCGACCUCUUCAAGCUACAACCAAAAAAACCAAAUUGGGAUUUGAAGAGAGAGCUAGACAAAAAGAUGGAGGUACUCAAUGUUCGGACGGACAAUGCGAUUGCGAGGCUGGUCAGGGAGAGAUUGUCAACAAAGAAGGCUCCUGCAGUUGGUGCCGCAGUCGAGUCGGCCUCGGAUGAUGGGCCUGGCGAGAUUGACGGCGCGGCAUUGGUUGAGGGUUUGCGGCUGCGGGAACAGGAGGAGGAAGUGGAACGUCGUAGGGAAAGGGAGGCUGAUUUGAUUUGA